AAUAAGUGUUCAUCUUUGCCGCUACUUUCCGCGAGAGAAUAAACAAUGCCGGCAGUUUCCCACGCGCAAUUAAUCGACUUAGGUACCUAUGGAUUCCCCAAUUAAGGGACCACCUAGACACUUACUAGGGAAAUCAAACGACAUUCAUAGCCGAAGAGAGCUUCCGUGCCGAGCGCGGAGAACGAAAAGCGAUUCUAACACGAUUACCAACAUUGGAACUUACGUACCUGGGUACUUACCUUUAAGACCAUGGAUCUUCCAUAAUUAUUACGAUUUAUUUCAAUCUUUCCUUUUGUUAUAUUUUAGUGUAUCAUGAUAUAAGUCAUUAGCGAUUUUAGCCAUAUAUUUUGUACCCGUUACGACCCAUAUCGCGUGUUGAAGAUCGAUUAUUCCUACGAAUUAAAGCUCUGUCCAAUUGAGUGUUGUCGCAAUGCCCUCCGCAGCAGUGUGCAUGAGAACGUUAAGGGCAUACUCUCGGUAUGGCCCAAAUCAUGCUAGAAUAUUUGCUCGAGCAUUUUCGGCAACUUCCAGACGUGCCGAGAUUAACAAGGUGUAUCCAUCCGCCUCGGAAGCUCUUAAGGAUAUGAAAUCGGAUUCAACGGUAUUAUGUGGUGGUUUUGGUCUAUGCGGUGUUCCAGACACCCUAAUCAACGAAGUUCUAAAGAAACCCGAAGUAACGGGUAUCACGGCAGUUUCAAAUAACGCCGGGACAGAUACCUCUGGAUUGGGCCAAUUGUUGAAGACUAAGCAGAUCAGGAAAAUGAUCGCUAGUUAUAUCGGCGAGAAUAAGACGUUCGAAAAAAUGUAUCUAACAGGAGAGGUGGAGCUGGAACUCACACCUCAAGGCACUCUAGCCGAACGUUGUGCUGCUGGCGGCAAAGGUGUCCCCGCUUUCUACACCCCAGCAGCUUUCGGUACUGUCGUACAAACCGGAGAAUUACCCCUAAAGAACAAAAGCGAUGGAACACCCGAUGUGUUCUCGUACCCGAAGGAUGUAAAGGUGUUUAACGGGAAAUCUUAUCUUUUGGAACACGCUAUUGCCGGAGACUACGCCUUCGUCAAGGCGUACAAGGCGGAUAAGCUUGGAAACUGCCAAUUCCGUCUUGCUGCUAACAAUUUCAACGGUGCUAUGGGUCGAAAUGCUAAGAUGACUAUCGUUGAAGCCGAGCAUAUCGUUGAGCCCGGCGAGAUCGCGCCGGAAGCUAUUCACUUGCCGGGAAUAUACGUCAAGAGAGUUAUUCAAAGUACUACGGAGAAGAACAUCGAAAAAUUCACGUGGACGAAAGACGAUAAUGACGCGGAUGCCAAGAAAGUGUUGGGUUCGGGCGACACAGCGGCUAAGAGGGAAAGAAUUGUUCGCAGGGCUGCUAAGGAGUUUAAGAAUGGCAUGUAUGCUAAUCUCGGAAUUGGUAUGCCCAUGCUUGCGCCUGGAUUCGUCGGCCCUGAAGUUGAGGUUCAGCUACAGUCUGAGAACGGUAUCUUGGGCCUUGGCCCGUAUCCGAGGCAAGGCGAGGAAGAUGCCGAUCUUAUCAAUGCCGGAAAGGAGACAGUGACACUGAAGCCGGGUGCUGCUGUGUUUGGUAGCGAAGAGAGUUUCGGUAUGAUCCGAAGCGGUCGUAUCAACUUAACAAUAUUGGGAGCUAUGCAAGUUAGUGGUACGGGUGACCUCGCAAAUUGGAUGUUGCCCGGAAAAGUUAAAGGUUUUGGCGGAGCGAUGGACUUGGUCAGUAACCCGAGCGAGACAAAAGUCGUUGUCACGAUGGAGCACACAGAUAAGAAGGGAAACCCGAAGAUCGUCAAACAGUGUGCUUUCCCCUUAACGGGUCGGGCUUGUGUCUCUAGGAUUAUCACCGAACUGGGUGUUUUCGAUGUUGAUUUUGCGCACGGCCUUACCUUGAUCGAGAUUGCAGACGGUGUAACGGUGGAUGAGAUAAAGAGCAAGACCGAGGCUCCAUUCCACGUAGCAGAGGACCUCAAGCCUAUGCUGUAAAUUGAUAAUGCAGAUGAAGUAUAUAUUGACAAUCUACACGAUAAGGCUCUACACCUGCAUUUAGAAUUAAUUAUACAUAGUGGAAUCCGAAAUGAAUCUUCCAACAAUUAU